AUGAAAGAUGAAGAUCCUUUGAAGCACUUGGAAAAGUUUGAUAGAAUUUGUGCUUUGCAAAAGAUCAACAAUGUCACUGAGGAUGCUCUUAAGCUCCGAUUGUUCCCCUUCUCUUUGAGUGGACACGCACUAGCUUGGGAGUCUUCAAUCCAACCUGGAACCGUGACAACUUGGGAACAAUGCAAGCAUGCCUUUCUUGCGAAGUUCUUUCCCCACGUCAAGAACUGCUCAGCUAAGGAAAACAUUGCGAGUUUCACUCAACACCGAGAUGGGCUCGCUUUGGUGGAGAAUGUUGCUCUUAGUGAUGGAAACUAUCCAGAGGAGUAUGAUCGAAGUGACAGAGGAGAUAGCUCAGUCAAUGAUGAGAAACACAAGAAGGAGAUAAAGACAUUGAAUGACAAGCUUGACAAGAUCUUGACUGGCCAGCAAAAGCAAGUUCACUUUGUUUGUGAGGAUGAUGUGAACCAAGAGGGGGAGGACCAACAAACUGAGGAAGUGUGCUAUAUGAGUAAUCAGGGAGGUUACUACAAAGGUUACAACACAAACAACAACACGAACCUCUCUUACCGCAGCACCAAUGUGGAGAAUCCACAAGACCAGGUCUACCCACCUCAACAAAACCAAAAUCAAGGGGGCCAACAAACGUUUACUUCAAGCGUGGUUACCCCCAAAGGUUUUUGGCAAUCAGAACCAAGGCUCAACUCAAGCCCAAGCAGGGAGCAACUCCAGUCAGGACUCAGAUAUGAGACCAUGCUUCAACAACUAAUCAAAGGGCAAACAAGUGGUGCUACCGAGCUUAACACCAAGCUAGCCGAGAUCAACAACAAGGUGGAUUGCUCUUACAAUGAUCUCAACAAGAAGCUGGAAUCUUUAAACUCAAAGGUUCAACACUUGGAAGCUAAGAGCCACAACAUACCUUCCUCUUCCAAAGGGA